AUGUAUAUCAGCAUUGACGAAGUCUUCCCAUGCCUUUCAAAUCAAGGAUCCUGCUCAGUUGCCACAUAUCGAUACAGCUCACAAUGCCGAGCCCAAUACGCUAGUGGCUCCCAAACUAGCAGUCAGGGAUCUUAUAAUGGAUUCCUUGGAGCUCAUGUCCGUGCUAGAGCAUAUUCUGAACGUGGCACCAAUUCUGAUUAUGCCAGAAAAGAUUCUGAACUCCACUGUUUGUCUGUAUUGAAUUGCACUUGGCAGAAUACAAUUGAAGACGAUUUGGAUUGGGUACUAGGUGAAGGAUAUGUGGAUCCCGCUAAAUUAGCGCUGAUCACAGGAUCUCAGUCCCUUCCCGGAAGUUUCGAUCAAAGUUUCUUGAUUCUGGCUUCCGACCCACGCCCGUCGCAGCAAAAUGGCCAAUUAGUGUCGCUGGCAAUUGGUUGUCAACAAUCAACAGGCAUCCUCAGUUUUCGAUUCUGGAGAAGCCGGGCGAGAACAAUCGGAAGCGAACCAAAACUCGAUAUCUGUACUAGAAAAGUUUUGGAGGCCAAUCUUGAGAAUUGCAUGACCGUCGUUCCCACCGACAACCACACAAUUAUUGCAAGCAUUCCACCAGUAAUGGAACCUUUUGUGAUUGUCUUGAAAGGGUACAAUUUCGAAAACGAACCAGAGGGAGGCUUGAUUCUACUUGACGAAAUUGAAUACUUUGCCGAGCUUGAUCAACCGGAAAAUUGUGUUGAGAAGAAUAUCGAUGAAACGGAAAUUGAGUUGUUCAAAUCUGGAAAAACCGAGGAAAUCAAAGACGAUGAGCAUGUGGUGUCCGGUGAUACACCAGACGUCCAACCAGAGCCUCACUUGGUUUCCCGAGAAGUGAAGCAACAAGCAGCGCCAACAAUUGUGAACGCAUCGAAUUCAAUUAAUGAGUUGAUUAUGUUGAACGAGAAUGUGGAUAAUGAUUGCCAAUCUUUGCAAUGUUUGAUGGACCAGGAAAAUGCACCAUGUGACUAUAAAAGGUCAGGAUCCGGAGCAUCUGGAGAAGGAUAUCUGGUCGGGUGGAGAAUAACCACAGUGAAACGAAAUAUCGCCAAUAAAUUGACCGGGAUUCACACAUCUCCGGAUUCAUCAAAAGAUAAACCCUUCCUGGUUGCCAAUUUCCUUGGCUACAACCGCGCGAAGACCGUAGAUCGGUACGUCCUCGAAGCACCAGAAUUCACAAUUAGCGACGCACCGGGCGCCUAUCUAAGCUUCCGCAAGUUUCUCUCAACAAAAGGAUUAUACCUUUCCGUAUGUGAAGACGGCUUUGCAACUAGGUUAGUCUCGAGAGAGGUCAAUUUCAAAACUGGAUUUUUCUUCAGUUGCUUCUGGAAUGUCUACGAAAACAGUGCGAAACCAUUUGCUAGAGAGUGGACGAAAGAAGUUGUCUUAUUACCCGGGGAAUUAACUACGUUUUACAUUGUGGCAUGGCAAAAUACCUCAGCAGUGAUGAACGUGGGCCAAGUGGGGAUAACAGAAGUCGGCCUUUUUACGGAUUCACAAGCAAUAACUCCACUGUGCUAA